UUUUCAUUGAACGCAUUUAUUCAAAGUAUGGUAGCCUUUCGUGUAGUUACAGACACGGUUUAUUAAUGACGAGAGAGAGAGAAAAAGAAAGAGAAAGGGCUGGGGAGAUGUAGUUCGGCAGCGCUGAAAGGGAUACCUUACCCCAUACUGCUGAGCUGAAGAAGAUGCCGACACGAGAAGUAGCACUGCUGUUUCUGUCUGUGUGGGCCUCCACGGCAUUUUGUGACGACAGAGUGUACCUGAGAGCUCCAGAAGUUGUUGAUUUGGAGGAGAACGUCUCUAAAAAUAUCACCAUUACAGCAAGUUCUCCUCUGAAUGUUACCGUGUACAUCUUCUUCAAUAUUACAUAUCACUCAACAAACACCUCUUCAAUAAUUCAUCUUCCAGGAGAGGUUGUUUUGACAGCAGAAAAUGUAUCGACCUAUUUUGAAGUGCAAGCGAAACAUGUCGGACAGGUCACCGCUUAUCUGUACAGCAACAGCACUGAAAUCCAAAGCCUACAAACUCGAAUCAGAUUUUUGGUAGUCAGAAGCAAUAUUCUCGACAUCAUCAACCAAAUCAUCGGCUGGAUCUACUUUCUGGCCUGGUCUAUUUCCUUCUAUCCGCAGGCGUUUGACAACUGGAAAAGACGGAGCGUGGUGGGCCUGAGCUUUGAUUUUCUCGCCCUCAACCUCACCGGAUUCAUUGCCUACAGUGUCUUCAAUAUUGGCCUCUUUUGGAUACCUUACAUAAAGGAAGAAUUCUUGAAGGGAAAUCCAAAUGGGGUCAAUCCAGUGGAUGCCAAUGAUGUGUUUUUCAGUCUGCAUGCAGUGGUCCUUACUCUGAUCUACGUCUGCCAGUGUGCAAUAUACGAGAGAGGAGGCCAAAAGGUGUCCAAGGUGGCCAUUUUUUUCCUGGUGGUCUCUUGGACGUUCGCUUUCGUCACAUUUUUUGUUGCUGUUGCUCAGAAGAUCUCGUGGCUCACUUACCUGUACUACUUCUCCUACAUUAAACUUGGCAUAACACUGAUUAAGUAUGUCCCUCAGGCUUACAUGAACUAUCUCAGACAAAGCACAGAAGGGUGGAGCAUUGGCAAUGUGUUACUGGAUUUAACAGGAGGCAGUUUCAGCCUGCUUCAGAUGUUCCUGCAGUCCUACAACAACGAUCAGUGGAAACUCAUAUUUGGAGACCCAACAAAAUUCGGAUUGGGCAUCUUCUCAAUAUUUUUCGACAUCAUAUUUAUGAUACAGCACUACUGCCUUUAUCGCAGUAAAGAUCCUGUAUAUCAGGUACUGAGCGGUGACUAAUAGGAAGGACUUCUGAUUGUGUGCAGUUGAGCUGUGGUUCAGGUAAAGGUGCCUUAAAGUAGUAGGACAUGGGACAUGCCUCACAAGAGAAUAAUUAUUUUUAUAAUGAUUUAUAAUAUAGGUUUUCUAUGCAUUGCAUUUUGGAGCAAAUCCUUUAAACACAAAUUACUGUCAGUAGGUAUCUGGACAAAAAGAAUUUGAUAUUUUAUUUUCUCUAAAUAAUUAUUAAAAAGGAUAAUUGCACAUUCUGUUAUACUUUAAAAAUGUUGGGGUUUUUGUUCCAUUUAAAUAUUUAAAGUACAGCUUAAUUCAAAGAUAUGAUGUUUUAUGUUUAACUACUAGUAGAUUUAUUACUUUAAAUUUUAUAUACAUUGGUGUUCAGGUCAAAUUUGAAAAUGCACUGACAUUUAAAAAUCCAUUUUUUCCCAAUAUACUUGUAUGUAACAAGACAGUAUUACAUACACAGUUAAUGACUACGUUUCCAUGGACAGCAGUAAUCUAAUUCGUGACCUUAUUCUGAAUAAGACAAUAUUGUGAUUAAGGUGUUCACAUUAGUCACUUUUGGAAUAUUCCUUUCAUGUUCCCGUGUUACAUGUUAUAGAACACAGAUCGAUUAACAGCCCGCGUCAUUACGUCCCCACGCCACGCCGUCCGACGUCCCUCCAGAAUUUCACGUAUCGACAUACAGUUUGUCUUCGUUAUGGAACCGUAUACAGUUUUGGGUGUUUCAUUUAUAUUUUUACGAACACUUCAAGCGCAGUUAAUCAUUUGUCAUGCUGUACGUGCAAAUAGACGACUGCUUGAAGCCGUGGGCUGCCUCCGAAACUGCGUACUUACCGUCUAUAUAGUAGCCGAGAUACAUGUAUUUAGUAAAUAAGUACGCGAUUUCGGACGCAGCCGUGCUCUCUUGUUUGCCGUCAAACAGUUGAGCGCUGCCGUGUGUGUACGUGUCCUGUCGCAAAAAGGAGUGAAAACUCCCACAUGAUGUUAAUAGUGUGAUUAAGGUGUGUACAUGUCUGUAAUACACUUAAACAGGAAUACUCCACAUGUCUUUUAUUCAUUUUGUAUUUACUACAAGUAUGACUUUAGUCGGAUUAAGGUCAUCAGUAAUCACUGUUUACAUGCUAGCUUCUUAAUCAGAGUAUUGUCUUAAUCGGGUUAAUAUCGGAUUAUUGUCCAUGUAAACUGAAUGAUGUCAUAAAAUAAGCUCCACUGCUUUGGAGCAAUCACGACCUAGAUUCAAGGAUGUGCCUGGAAACUUUUAGCUGUUUGACUGAGGAUAGUGAAAUAGUAACAAAUGAGUUUUGAGUGUAUAUUGUGACAGGUUCUGCCUACUGAUAAAAUCUAUCCUCCUCAGGUCUACUAGGUUAGCCUGCAGCUUGGCUAAAUUACCUAAUGUUACCGACGAUACUGAUGACAAGAGAACAUUGAGCGGCUUCCAAAUUGUAUUUUAUAUAGGAAUUAUUUUUAUGCUUUCCGCAUUCAGGAGUACUUUAAUAAUGAAAUGUGAAACCUUUAAUUCCAUUCAAGCCUGCCUGCCUAUUGAUAUAUUUCAUUAAACAGUUAUUGUAUUCAUUUAUCUCUUUAUUUGUGCAAAAUAAAAAAGAGCAGUCUGAA